UUUAAACCCAUGAAUAGCUGUGAAGUUUGUUUUCAAAGUCAAGGGUAAUUUUCAAUGGAGCAGUCAUUUUUUAAGUUGCUAGCUUUAGUGGUUUUGGUGGUAGUGAUGGCACCAACCGCCAUCGUCGGCCAUGGUAUGAUGUUGAAUCCACCUCAGCGAUCAUCGAUGUUUCGAUUCGGCUUUGCAGUGCCUCCAAAUUACAACGACAACGGUCUUAACUGCGGCGGUUUUGGGGUCCAGUACAACUCAGUGAACAAGGGCCGGUGUGGAGAGUGUGGCGACGAAUGGAGUUUACCAAGACCUAGGCCGAACGACGAAGGAGGCCGUUAUGGCACCGGAAUCAAAGGGCAAACCUAUCGCCAAGGAUCAGUUAUUGAUAUCUCCGUUAAUGUAUCAGCCAAUCACAAAGGCUAUUUUGAGUUCCGGCUGUGUCCGAAGAAUUCCGCCAGUGAACUAGUAACACAGGAGUGUUUGAACAACAACUUAUUGACAUUUGCAGAUGGCACAACGAGGUAUUACCUCCCAUCGUCAACAGCCCAACCGUUUAAUCCGCGAGUUCAAUUGCCGGUUGGUUUAACUUGCGAUAAUUGCGUACUCCAAUGGUGGUAUAGAGCAGGCAACUCGUGGGGCGUCUGCGACAACGGCGUUGGCGCUUUAGGUUGCGGAGAUCAAGAGACCUUCGUUAAUUGUGCCGAUAUAGCCAUCCUUCCAUAAAUAGGAAAAUACGCCAUUGUUACUAUACACUUUCAUUGAACAACCCAGAUUCAAUAGUUCAAGUAAAGUAUUUACAUCG